CGAACCUCCAGCCUCCGGAGCCUCACCAUGCGGGGCCUCAGGCUCUGGCUGCUGGGGGCUCUCUGGCUGCUCGCGGUCGGCCCGGGCGUCCCCCUGCCCCCGGAGCAACCCUACGUGGUGGUGCGGCCCCAGCGCCUGCCAGGACCCCGCCCGCGCAGAGCCCUCCCCUCCCACACGGUCCCCUACCCAGAGAGUGUGAGCUACGUCCUUGGGGCCCCGGGACACACCUUCACCCUGCACCUGCGGAAGAAUAGGGACCUGGUGGCGUCCGGCUACACAGAGACCUACGCAGCCGCCAAUGGCUCCCAGGUGACUGAGCAGCUGCAGCCUCAGGAUCACUGCUUCUACCAGGGACACGUGGAGGGUCACCCUGAGUCGGCUGCCAGCCUCAGCACCUGCGCCGGCCUCAGGGGCUUCUUCCUGGUGGGCCCAGCCAUGCAUCUGAUUGAGCCUCUGGAAGGGGCCAGUGAGGAAGGGCCACACGCCCUGUACCAGGAGACCCAGCUACAGCAGACAGCCAGGACCUGUGGGGUCAACCACUCCACGCUGGCCCGUGUCCUCGGACCUCGGACCUCAGCUGCCCUCAGGCCCCGGGACUGGCCACCGGCCCGAGAAACCCGCUACGUGGAGCUGUUUGUGGUCACCGACUUCAGUGAGUUCCAGCUGCUGGGCAGCAGGGAAGCCGUACGCAGCCGUGUCCUGGAGGUCGUGAACCAUGUGGACAAGCUUUACCAGAAGCUCCACAUGCGCGUGGCCCUGGUGGGGCUGGAGGUGUGGAACAGCGGGGACAAGAUCCAUGUCAAUUCCGACCCUGAUAUCACGCUCAACAACUUCCUGGCCUGGUGGCAGGGCCUGCCCAAGCAGUACCCGUAUGACAACGUACAGCUCAUCACUGCCCUGGACUUCACUGGCAGCACCGUGGGGCUGGCCAAGGUGGCCACCAUGUGUUCCAAGCACUCGGGGGCUGUGAACCAGGACCACCACCAGAACCCCGUGGGUGUGGCGUGCACCAUGGCCCACGAGAUGGGCCACAACCUGGGCUUGGACCACGAUGACAAUGUGCCUGGCUGCUACUGCCCAGAGACGGGGGACCGCAGCUGCGUCAUGGCGGCCAGGAUCAGCUCCAGCUACCCCAGGAUGUUCAGCCACUGCAGCCAGGCCGACCUGGAGACCUUUGUGGGGAAACAGGGUGCAGCCUGCCUGAGGAAUGAGCCGGAUGUCAGGUGGCUGGUGAGCGGCCCCGUGUGUGGAAAUGGGUUCCUGGAGGAGGGAGAGCAGUGUGACUGCGGCUCACCCCAGGACUGCCGGAGCCCCUGCUGCAACUCGACCACCUGCCAGCUUGUCCCAGGCGCGCAGUGCGGGCAGGGCGCGUGCUGCCACGGCUGCAGGGUGAAGGCGGCGGGGGCGUCGUGCCGGCCCGCGAAGGACCCGUGUGACCUGGAGGAGCACUGCGACGGGCUGCAGCCCGAGUGCCCCGAGGACGCCUUCCGCGAGAACGGCACGCCCUGCCCGGGGGGCCACUGCUACGCCGGCGCCUGCCCGUCGCUGACCGGGUCGUGCCGGGACCUGUGGGGGCCAGGUGCCCGCGCGGCCGCGGACACGUGCUACAGCUUCGCCCUCGCGCCGGACUGCAGGAGCCCCGCGCGUCGGGGCGCAGACGGUGCCGGCAGGUGUGGGGUCCUGUUCUGCGCGGGCGGCCAGCUGCCCCCUGAGUUCGCGUCCUGCACGCUCACCCUGGCCUCGGGCACCUGCCAGGCGCUCCGCCCGAUGGACAGCGGGGCCUACGUGCCGGUGCCCCAGGGCACGCGCUGUGGCCCGGGCAGGGUGUGCUGGGACGGCCGCUGCGAGGACCUCCGCGUCUACGGCCCCAGGAACUGCUCGGCCAAGUGCAGCGGACGCGGGGUGUGCAACCACAAGCAGGAGUGCCACUGCAGCCCCGGCUGGGCUCCCCCACACUGUGCUCAGCCACUGCCAGGCGUGCAGACAGUGUCCCGCAGUGUCCCAGUGGGUGUGCUGGUGGCCGGGGUCUUGGUGGUUCUGGCGCUGGGACUGGCAGGUGUGGUCUUCUUCCUCCGGAGAAGGAGCUCGGCAUCCAAGACAGCUGUGGGACUCUCCAAUCCUCUGUUUCACGCAGCGGGCAGCACGCCAGCAAAUGGGAGGCCUCCACCCUGCGCCAUGGGCCUCCCAGAGUUGGCCUCUACCACCCACUCCAUGCAGUCCCCCAGGCCCAUGGCUGCCGCGGUGACGCCCAAGCGGCCUCCGCCCGCUCCUCCAGCUCCCCUGCCCGGCACUCCCCACACAGUUCCUGUGUACACAAGGCAGGCCCCAGACCAGCUCAGACCUGCACCUCCUACAAAACCGCUGCCACAGCUGAAGCCUAAGCAGGUCGUGAAGCCCACCACCACACCCCCGGUGCCCCCGAUGAAGCCGGCAGCUGGAGCCACUCAGGGAGCCGUGGGGGCGAAGGUGGCUCUGAAACCCCCAGUCCUGCGGAGGUGAGAGCCUCAGCUCCCCUGGGUGGGCCGAGCAC